AUUGGCAGCUGAAUGCCAGAGUGCCGGCUAUCCAGGGACCCUCAUCCCGUAUAAGUGCGAUCUUUCCAACGAAGAGGAGAUCCUGUCGAUGUUCUCCGCCAUCAAGACCCUUCAUCAAGGAGUUGAUGUCUGCAUCAACAACGCGGGGCUGGCUCGCCCGGAGCCCCUGCUCUCGGGGAAGACGGAAGGCUGGCGGACGAUGAUAGACGUCAACGUGAUGGCUGUGAGCAUCUGCACCCGAGAGGCCUACCAGUCCAUGAAAGAGAGAAACAUCGAUGAUGGGCAUAUUAUUAACAUUAACAGCAUGAACGGCCACAGCGUUGUGCCACAGUCGGUGGUGCAUUUUUACAGUGCCACCAAGUACGCAGUUACAGCCCUCACGGAGGGGCUGAGGCAAGAACUCAGAGAAGCAAAGACUCAUAUACGAGCUACAUGUAUAUCUCCAGGACUGGUGGAAACGGGAUUUGCUUUUAAACUUCAUGAUAAUGACCCCGAGAGAGCUGCUGCAACCUAUGAGAGCAUUCGGUGUCUCAAAGCUGAAGAUAUGGCUAACGCUGUCAUAUAUGUCCUCAGCGCCCCACCUCAUGUACAGAUUGGAGAUAUACAGAUGAGGCCCACGGAGCAGAUAUCAUAGCAAAUGAAGAGGACCGUGAGCAGCACCAUGUAUCCACUCCACUUUGAACCCUCUGGCAAUUUAGGGUUUCGUCGGCUGGCUAGCAAUGUUUUAAUCAAGUACCAAGGAUCAUGUUUGAAGAAUUAUUUUUCUCUCCCUCUCUCUGAGCUGGUGCUGGUGCUGAGCCAGUUUAAAAAAAAUAGUAGUGGGUCUCUUUUCUCCCCCACUCCUUUCUGAAACUGCUUAAGAGUAAAAUGUGUUUGAAAAUAAUGCAGGGAAGUGGUUUGUGGAAGAUUGUUGUCUCCAGGCUGGUUUAUUCUUCCUUUUGCUUUCUUUUCAAGGUUUGUUUGAUCAUCUUUGCUGAUGCUGUGUCUGGCAUAGGUGAAGUGGCACAAAAUGUUUGCCAGCUUCAGUAUGCUUAGGGUUUGAAAUUUUCAGUGGAUGUCAUACAUGAAUCCAUCUAAUUUUUGGGUUUAUUUUCAUCAGAUUGAUUACUGAUGGUAAUGAUGCAUGUGAUAUUUUCUACUUCUUUCGUACUCCACUGCCCUAAACCCAGUGUACAAUCGCACCCACCUCCCCAACCCUCCUUUCCCAUUCACAUGAAUCAUGCCUGCCAAGUUUGAGGAAGUAUAAAUGUGUGUGCUUGCUAUUUCUCUUUCUUUCUAGGUAGGUAAAUAGUUGGAGGAAAAGUACCUGUAUUUCUGCAGGUUAGAAUGAUCAUCUAAGUGGCAUAGUUACAGUAAGAGUGAGUUGUUUGGUAUUUUUAAUAAAAACUAAAUGUGUGCUGUCUUGUGAUCACCUCUAUCCUUGGUAUCAUCUCCCAGCACUCUUGAUGUUUUUGUAUGUGAUAUUUGCAUGCAUUGACAUUUUUCUGGAAAUAUUGAUCAGUCUUAGAAAGAUGUAUGGUGCUGUUUAAAUGCUGGUGCUGAUGAGUUGGAAAUGUUGAAAGUUUGUUUAUAUGCAGAGAUACAAACUCGGAGAGAGAGAGAGUGAAAUGAACCAUGCUGAAGCUGUCCAAAAUGAAAAGAUACUAGUAGGGGCAUUUGCCUACAAAGCAGCAGGUAAAAGGUCUGGUUCAGAUCUCAUACUAGUUCUACGCUGGUGCAGCCCCAUUGUUUUGCUCUGGAUUUAUUCUAACCUGAGGGAGAAGAGAAUCAGCCGCAAAGCUGACAUAUGCAGAGCUGGAGACCACUUGAGUUGUCUUAAGAUUCUUGCAGCAUGGCAGAAGCACGUCUGUGUGUAGUCCAACUUGCUGCAGAGCUAUGGAGCUGUUAACGUAUAUGUUGCCUUAAGAUUGCAG